AUGCAUACUCUUAUAACUACUCUCAGCUCUACCUUUUCACUUUUAGCAGCAGCAGCAGCAGCUACUACAGCAACAAGUAGCGCUGCAUCGUCUUCAAGCACAAUCGACGUCCAUGUCGGCCAAAACAACCAACUCACCUUCUCCCCCUCCAGCAUCACCGCUGCGCAGGGAUCGACAAUCAACUUCCAUUUCUACCCCGCAAAUCACUCUGUUGCCGAGUCACUGAGUACCGUUUUCAGCGUCACGCUCAACGAUACAAAUGCGCGCUGGCUGUAUUCGGCGCAGAAAGAUGGCGACGAGUGCCAGGGUGGUAUGGUCAUGGUGAUCAAUCCUCCAGACAACCAAGCAGAUACGCUCGAUGCAUACAUAAAAGCGGCGAGCAUUGCAUCGAAUAGCACUAACGGCCAUGUUGUCAUGGGUGGGUUACUUGUUGAGAAUGCUUCUUCUUCUUCUUCUUCUUCUUCUUCUUCGGUGUCUACACAGGUGUCUGUUACAUUUGCAUCUGGUACGACUGGAUCUGGUACGGCUGGAUCUACUACAGGUACAUCUACCGCAACUGGAUCUGGCACGGUUGGACCUACUACAGCUGCAGCUACAAGUACAGGUAGUACAGGCACGACUGCAGCGACAACGAGUGCUACUACCGGCGCUGCUGCAGGUGCGACGAGUACUGGUGCUGCGAAUGCACAAGGGUACAAGAACUCUGUGGGAAUCGGUGCUGGAGCGCUGUUGCUCGGGAUUUGGUAUUACCUUUGA